AGUCGGUCUCGAAUCGCCGUCGCGUAUCCACGUGCCAUCCGGAACCUUUCUAUUCAUCUCCCGACACGGAAAAGUUACUAGUGUUAUUAGAGUUGUGUAUCUGUACGGUGUUGAUAUGUGACUGAGCCGUCGUUAUGGUGAGGACGCGAAGCACCAGUGGCGGCGUGCCCGAGACCUGAUCAGAAGAACUGAAAAGUGACAAAUGAUGUGCGAAAAUGUUUACGACGAGACAAACACUUCAUGUGCCGAUGAAAAAAUAACGCGGGUGAGAAGUGACGUUAACAGUUAAGGCGAUGUGCUGGUGAGAUUCGACCACGACGUCGAACAGUACCGAGUGGGGGGCGCUGGCGACCGCGGCCAGCGAUGGUAUGGACUUUGCACUCGGGAAUGAUAGCGCGUGGGGGUGGAACGAGACCGAGGAGAGGGCGACACCGGACCUGUACAACUACUGGGCGUGGAGCAUCAUUGACGGCGCGCUCAUGGUACUCAUCGUGAGCGGCAACACGCUCACCAUCCUCGCGGUUACGCUGAGCAGGCGGCUUUCCUCGCUCGUCUCCAAUCAGUUCGUCCUCAACCUGGCCAUAUCAGACUUGAUGGUGGGCCUCACCCUGCCCUACCAUCUCGUUUUCUAUUUAGACAGUGAAUUCGGAAGAAUAAAGUGGUCUUGCCUCAUGCGAUUCAUACUAAUAAUAUUAGCAUGUCUGGCGUCUAUUUACAACAUUAUAGCCAUAGCUGUAGACAGGUACAUAGCGAUAGUGCACCCGCUGCACUACAGCCGUUAUAUGACUAAGGUGGUGACUCGAGUCCUGAUGAGUACCACGUGGUCGGUGGCCGUCUGCAUCAGCUGCAUACCAAUAUUCUGGAACGAUUGGUACGAUGGCAUCCCAUGCGAGAUGAAUAUGGUGGUGCCUAAAAGAUACACGACUAGUAUCCUAGCACCGAUGUUCUCGCUCAUCUGGAUGGUGAUGUUCAUCCUGUACUGGCGGAUAUGGCGCGAGGCCACAUGCCACGCGCGCCGCAUGCGUGCCAACACCUGCUGCCCAACCGGCGGUAAUGACUGGAAGAGCAUACAGGUGGUGUUACUAGUGCUCGGUUCGUUCUCAAUAUGCUGGAUGCCGUUCGUAGUGGUGGGGUGCGCGCAAACUCUACCCAUGCGACCUCUCCACAACCCUAUCGCCUACCGCGUCACCUCAUCUCUCGCCAUGUCGAAUUCGGGCAUCAACCCCCUCAUCUAUGCCUGGAAGAACGCCGGCUUUCGUGCCGCCUUUGCAAAACUACUUCGGUGUAAAAGACCAGAUACGUCAGAAUAUAGAGGUUCACCUGCGCCAGAGAGGAAAAGAGGGUCGGUGGCUCUCCGUGAAGGCUCCAUCACUAGAUCCAGCGCCCCGAGCGCUCUGUCCAGCCUCGGUGGACGUCCUGCCAGGAUGUUGUACGUGGAACGUGAAUCGGAUACUUUCAGAUGCCGCAUAAUAGAGAACGCCGGCUUCGUGGACGCGGAAAGUGGUGAUUCCAACCCAUCGUACGCUCCCGACGGUCCCACGCCGGUCCAUCGACCCCCCCGACCGGAUGCAGUGUAAAUUUUAACGACAAGACGUUUUGUGGGAAACGUGAAACGCUUUUAGCAUUUAAAAUUUUUAGUGACUAGUAGUACCCCUCGCGUUUAGGUACCUGUUACGAAUUACGCUCAAAUUUUUAAAGCUUAAUUGUUGAAUUAUUAUAGACAGAUUUUAAUUAGUUUCCGGCGUAAUAAAAAAAUUAAUAUAAAAGAGAUUACCUAUCUGUCAAAUAAAUCGUGAUGUUUAAAAAAUAUUAAUAACUAAAAUGUUCUAUGUAAUAUAAUAUGUCUAAUAUG